UCCAAAAAAAGAAAAAUUCCCCUCCGCCGGCCGCUGCAAAAUCAUUUGAGGCGCUACCGUAUCAGUUUCUUUUUAAAAAAUUAGGUCGAUUGAAGUCUUUUGGUAGCUUUAAUCCUCUGGUUGGAUCAUGGAAGACGACGACGAUGCUCCACCACUUGCAGUUCAGAUUGACGUAAUCAACGAAACGAACUCAUUGGAAUCAUCUGAGACCUCCGAGAAUCGAAGAAUAGACAGUGAAUGUUCAGUCGGUGUAACCAUUAUUACCGGUUAUCUUGGAGCGGGAAAAUCAACUCUUGUUAAUUUCAUCUUGAAUGCUCAACAUGGUAAGAAGAUUGCUGUAAUAUUGAAUGAGUUUGGUGAGGAGAUUGGAGUCGAGCGGGCAAUGAUAAAUGAUGGAGAAGGUGGUGCUCUCGUUGAGGAAUGGGUGGAGCUAGCAAAUGGCUGCAUUUGUUGCACCGUUAAGCAUAGUUUGGUUCAAGCCUUAGAACAACUCGUACAAAGGAAGGAUAGACUUGAUCACAUCUUACUAGAGACCACAGGAUUGGCAAAUCCUGCCCCUCUUGCAUCUGUUCUUUGGUUAGAUGAUCAACUAGAAUCAGCUGUCAAACUCGAUUCUAUUAUAACUGUCGUGGAUGCAAAAAACCUUCGACUGCAGCUCAAUAAACAUAGUGGUUCAUCUUCAUUUCCCGAGGCAUUUCUUCAAAUAGCAUUUGCGGAUAUGGUAAUUCUUAAUAAGGUUGAUCUGGUCUCUCCUGAGGAUUCCAAAUCGACGAGUGCAGAUGUUAUAGAAGAACUCGAAAAGGAGAUCCAUGAGAUUAAUUCUCUUGCAAAUAUCAUCCGUUCUGUCCGGUGUGAGGUUGACUUGUCAAAGAUAUUGGACUGCCGGGCCUAUGAUGCCGUGCAUGGUGCUCACUUGGAAGCUCUGUUGAAAGACAACCAGUCUGCAUCUACCAUGAAUCUUCAUAACAGUGGGGUGCGGACCUUGUGCAUUUCUGAGCAGCGUAAGGUUAAUCUUGAUAAGUUCCGUUCAUGGCUUGAAGAGAUUCUCUGGGAGAAGAAGUAUAACAUGGAUGUCUAUCGCUGUAAAGGGGUUUUAAGUGUCCAAAAUUCAGAUCAACUGCAUACAUUACAGAUCAGGCGCAUGCAACCAUUUGUUGGGUUGUGGAGGGGAAAGGAUUGUUGGGCACUCCCCAUGCCAAUGUUUGUUCAAGUCCUGGUGUUUGGGUUUCAGGGUCGUAGGGAAUAAAAAACUAGGUACUUCAAUGCGUGGACAAGAUAUUGUUGCUACCUUCCUUGCCCAAUCGUUUGAGAUGAAGGAUAUAAAGUAGAUCCUGCCUUGUGAUCUAUGUAUUAGCUGCUUUUGUGAAGAUUCUCUGUGCGACCAUCCCUCAUAUUCUGCAUCUUUUGGCCAUUUUGCAUCAUAAUAAAGUGAAAAAGCAGUUGCUC